AUGCCGCUCCCGCCUAGAUAUCGUAAUACCUGCCUGGCCACCUCUGUCUUUUUGACGGCAGAUUUUGAUCCCAUCGCUCAUAUCAAUGUCCUCCCGGCUGGAUCAUCUCAACAAUUGACACAGCCUCCUUCUAAUGAUGCUAUGGCCACCGGGCCCGGCUGUAUUGAACCAAUCAUAAUCGACGGCCUGCUAGAUGUCGCUGUGGACGAGUAUACUGAAUGGCAGCAAUCGCGGGUGAGCAACGAGGCUUUCAGGGAGAACAUCAACAAAGCACGCGAUAUGACCCUCGAAAAUUGUCUCGAUCUUAUGCAGAUUUACGAGGAUCAAGACCCAGGUUUCUUAAGCACGGCGUGA